GUUUCUUGGAAUAAAAUAGUUGUUUUCUGCCUUAUUGAAUGUCAUUUCGUAUUGGCUAGAAAAUGUAGUAUAAUCUAUUGGGAACAAUGCACUUUUCUCUAUAACUUACUGUAGUACUACAGGUCUUUCUACGUAUAUUCCUUUGUUUGGAAAGCUCCUUCGACCUUGUGUAAUCUGAUGCCGUUUGUUGUUUUUCAAGAGUUGUGCUGCAGAAUAAGAGUCUCAUGACAUGAUGCCUACUUGUUAUUUAACUUAGCGAUAUGUAUUAUAUAACUAUUUUGUCGUCUUAUUGUUCACACAGAUCUUUCCACAGCAGGAUCUACUUCCUCUGCCCUCACUGCAAGAAGGCUCAACGCUCUCUUCCUGGGCACCUCAGGACGGCGUGCAUGCGCGACCGCGCAGAGGCAGAGGUACGGGCCACUGUGAUUGAAGCCAAGAAAGAGAUGUCUGAAUUUACCCACAGGGGACGUUUCUGGGAGUACCAGCGUAUUCAAGACAUUUUGGCAACUGCUGAUCCUCUUGCUAGGUUGUUAGACGAGAUGCAAAAGAAGGGCUUAGUGGUAACAAACAAACCUCCAGUCCUCCCUAACCCCACACUGCCUGUGCCCUCUUUACCUUCAUCUGCUCCUCAAAGCCCUGGAGAAGGUGCGAACGAGGCACAUGUUGUGACGAACGUGACCGUUCAGGAAUGGGAGGGGAAAACCCACAUACCGAACGGAGCUUCAGUUGCAGUGAAGGAGGAUAAAACAGAAGUACUGCUGACUGAUGACCAGGAACAUGGUUUUGGUCUGUACUUCAACAAGGUACGGCCGGCGACGCUUCAAGGAAAUGAUGCGAAAGCAGAGGACAAAUUUUUUGUGUCGAGUAGUGGGAGGCCGAUAUAUAACCCCUGCAAUGAUUCGAACAGACUCAAUGCCAAACACAACCUUCCCAGUGUGACCACGAGAAGCAGAGAGAAAAGGAUGAAUGAACAGACGGCGUUUGACUUGCUGGUUCAGUCUUACCCAGUGACUCUUGACGGGUCUCCUCCGAAAAGGGCACGCAGACACGAACACGAGAGGCACUGCUACAACCGCUGGCGCAGCGAGCAGCUCAAGCCGCGUGAACAGCGUGUCCUUGGUGAGGAUCCAAAUACACCUUCUGUUACAGUCAUAUAUGUAAUGUCAGGGCGGCACAAAUAGUGAAAUCUCUUAGACCAUGUGACCACAAUGGCUAAUGCUUCUUGUGAUUCUUCUUUAUAGAACAUUUCGGUCGGCGUCAGUCGUCUGAGUCAUGAGUGGAGGCCUGGAUUAAGAGACAAGGGUGGACGUCGAACAUCCCUCAGGCUUCCCCAAUACUCCAGCAGUGGAAGCCCUACGGGGGCCAACAUCCAUCCAAGGCUGUUCGUCCACAAUGACAGAGAUGUCAUUCUCUUCAUUGCGUCCAGGGACAUUCCAGUUAACGCAGAGCUCCUCUUUGAUUACGGCCUGAAGAGAAAGUCUUUUGCCGGUGAAGGAGUAAAUUUAAGCUUCACAUGUUAACGUAGGCUACACAAAUUAGUGUGAGCGGGCCAUUUUCCAAGCCACAUUACUUUUUGUGCCUACUUUUUUUUGAGCCACAAAACACCACCUCUCUUGCUCUCUAAGUUGCCCUGAAGUUGCCCUGAAUGACUCCUGCGGCUUUGUCUCUUUUUUUUUUUUUUUUUUUUUUUUAGUAGGCUACACAAAGAUGAAUGAGCGGGCCAUUUUCCAAGCCAUUCAUUUUUGCCUACUUUUUUCUUUUCAGCCACAAAAAAAUAUACACCAAUAUACAUAUAUUGUUUUUUCUUUCAAUAUUCAUACUGGUACUGCAACAGGUAAUGACACAAAACCUUUAUACACACUCUUACAAACAGAUUCAAAUAUACAUUCAGUAACCUCUCCUUAUUUCUUACAGUGAGAAGGAUCGCCACAUGUCUGCUGUGACAGAUCUGCUGCCCAUCAUCCGUUUGUCCUCGAGAGAGAGACGGCUGACUUCUCCAGCCAAGAUGAGUUCAACCAACCAUUUCAUUAAAGAAUUAGUUCACUUUCAAAUUAAAAUUUCCUGAUAAUUUACUGUGAUUCUCUGCUGUCUGCCCUGAUCUUUGCCUGUAUCCUGAACACUGUCUGCCGCCUGCCUCGACCAUUGCCCGUUCCUGUUUACGUCUCUGCCUUUGCCCUUGCCCUGUUGAUACUGAUCUUAAUAAAAGCUGCAAAUAGAUCCCUGCUCUGUUGACCCUUUAUUACAAAGGGUCUUAUCUAGAGAAACGAUCGGUCAUUUUCUACAAAAAUACAACUGUGUAUGCUUUAUAUAAACAAAUGAUUGCCUUUGUAAGUGCUUCCGCUUUCCGUAUUUUUCA